UUCCAACAACUUUGAUUCGUACUCUUCUUAUUCUGGCCAGAGAGGCCUUCUUCUUACUUAAGGCAACUCGAAGCUCACUCACUGAAGGAAAGAGCCCUUGGAUGGUGUAAGGCCACAGAAGGAAAAAAAGGCAGAGAAAACAAGUCCAUUCCCGACCAAAUUGAGAAGAGACGGGGAGACUUUCCAUAUCGAACGCAAAUGGAGCCGUCCCCCCCCCCCCUCGUCUUUCGUCUUUCCUCUCUUCACUCAUUCCCUCUCUCGCGCUCUCUUGGUCUCUUGGUAAAGUUGUACAGACCAGGACCAAGGGAUUGGGCUUCUUAGUGGUGCUCUUGUGACAACCACUGAAGGAACAUUCAGUCAGAAGUGAAGAAGCUGCUUUAUACUAAAAUACUUGCUUGUUCCAGUGCAAUGCCAUCCGGAGCGAGCUGCUGUUGGUGACUGCCUCUUCUGCUUCUUUUUCUCAUGCAGCACUAGUUUGUGAACAUUUGUGAAUUGAUUCAAGCGGAUCCUUUCCGUGAAGCGUCUCAAGUGUCUGGUUCCAAUCCAAAGAAUUCCGUCAAACAUGGGUUACAGAUCCAAGUGCUCUGCCGUCUCAUUGUCAGGCUAAGCGUGUGGGAAACCAGUACCAAAGUGACCUUGACCCUUUAGGUCUCCUCAAAUCGGUGGAGUCCCAUGAUUUCAUAAUCUGGGACUGGUAUCAGUGUGUGAGUGUGUUCCCUGGCAUCAUGGAUUCUAAGCUUUGUUGGAAGACUUGCCAUUGAGGCCUUGCCAUGAUUGCCGGUGGACCUCAGGGUUUCUCAGAAGUUUCAAGCCUCUUCAAAACGAGUGAAACAUCAACUGACGCCAGGUGAAAGAGGAUGUAAUGACGAAAAGGCUUUGGGUCACUGGGCCACCACGAUGGGAGAAGGUGAAUCAGAGUUUGCUUCUGUGGAUCCGUCUUCGUCUUCCCCUCGCUCUUCCCAACCAUUACCAUCUUGGAAUAUCUUGUCACAGUCCCAUCACAAUUCGAUCCUGCCCAAAGAGCAUACUCCCGUCGAGCCUCUGGAAUGGGAACAGCCUGUUUUUGCGGAGACGCCGCCCAGUGCUAAAAAGUUCCCCGGCUCCUCUUCCUCCCUCAACCACGCCACUAGUACUUCGCCAAACUGGGAUUUGCCGAAUCUUUCUUCACUUUCGUUUCACCAGUAUCCCAAGCUCGGUGGUGUUGGUUUUGAAGGGGCAGCAAAAACUUCCUCAUCUCGACCGCACUCAAUUUUCUCAAACCAAGUUCUGACAGCUCCGCCGUCAUCGUCUGCUUUGCCGACUUCAUUCGAAGGGCCCCAUCGCUCAUUUUUGGCACCCAAGCCUUCCUCGUCCGAAAUAGCCGCUGCCACAGACGAGGGCUGCAAUAACGACGGAAACAGGAGCAACUCCAAAUCACUCCGGGAUUGUCGACGCAAGCGGAGGAUUCGAGCUGCCAACCCUGACGUUCCCCCUCUCGGUCAAAGCUUGGAGCCGGAGCGGUCCUUGUUGUCGCCCUUGCCUCCCGCGUAUUUACAAAGUGCCUCAUCUUCUUCUCCACCACCCACCCCUUUGGAGUCUGGGCCCACCAUGACUCCCAACUUUAAAGCAGCGCCUACCCGGUCUACCCAAGGGAGGACCACCUUUCGGCCACCUCACAGUACCCUCGAGUACAAUACACCUCCAUCUGUGUUCAUUGACGAUCUGAGCCCUGAGCGGCAAAAAGAGAUCCAACAAUUCUAUAAGAACUAUAACGCCACCGAGGGGCUGGUGACGGCCAUUGUCCUGGGCGGAUUUUUCGUUUUCGUUUCACUUUUGGUUAUUUAUAAGACAAAAUGCAAGCCCAUGUGGAAAAACCGGCGAAAGCGGCUUACCAACACGCCCGCCACGCACAGCAAUGGGGACAACGAGAACAGUUUUUGCACGGUGCCCCCCAAUCCUCCCUUGAUCAAUGGAGAGCCUCCGUCGUCCGAGGGCGAAGACGAUCAAGAGUAUGAACUUGGCGACCAAGGUGAGGAUGAAGGUUGUAUGGACGAUGAAGAUUUUGAAUAUGAGUGCAUUCCGCUGAAAUCAGUGUACGCCCGAGGCGGGAGAAAAGCAGAAGGGGACGACGAUGAAGACGAGGACGUGUACUUUUUGGACGAAUAUGGCAAUUAUGUGUUCCCAAUAUCGACUCCUGUGAGCAAUAUGAGCGCCUGUGAUGUGGUGGGAGGAGUGAUGGGGAUGGGUCUAACCACUUCAGGAUACUGUGCAUGUGGGCCACCGGGCGACGACGAUGAAGAACUUCGCUCAGCCAUUCUCCGACGCCAGUCACAGGGGAGCGGCAUCUCGAAUGCAUACACUGUUAAAAGUCUUCCGGGGGCCUCUUACUUAUACAUUCCGGUGCUAGAUGCUCGAAGCAUCUCCACGAACUCGGUGGGGCGUUCCUUGUCUGAUCCCGAGAUCCACUUUUCUCCUCCAUUCAAUCAUCCUAUCAUUCUGACAGUCAAUCCCUCGAGUGACAGUGGAGGUACUUCGUUAAUGGGAGGCAAUUACGCCCAACUUCCACAAGUCUAUCACGGCCUCCACCCCAAUAACAGACAGGUCUAUCCUAGACAUCAUCCAAAGCUCCAGCAACGAUCCCAUUCCAUUCAACCCGACGGGAGCACCACAAUAGCUUCCGACAUGAUCCCCCCCGGGCCUCAACGCUUGCUCCCGUCCCAUCCCCAGAACAGCUCGGGUGAUAUCGACAACGAUUUAAUCGCCAUUCAAAUCAUUCAGCCCACUCCCAAUAUCUCACCCACGUGCAGUCUGAGGAGUUUCAGUGGGGAUGGAAAUUCUCCAGAGGCUCUGCUUAGCCAAGGUCGGGCUCUGGAGUCACUGGUAACAAGCUCUUUGUCACCCACCUCAUCUCUCAAGAAAUCAUCCCUGAGCAAGCCUCAGACAGAUAGACGUGUCAGUUUUAGUGAGGACAGUAUUGAUGACCCCGGCGGUGUCGGGGGUGGGUCUUCAAGCUUCACGCCCAGUCGGAGUUCCAUGGGCUCUCCUGCUCCUUCGCAACAUCUUAUUCCCUGUAUGAAUUACCUUCAAGUCCCAGGGCAACCGCCAGCCAUGUCUUUUGUGGUUCCUAGUUUAAGCCCAGAGGCCCACAUGGCUCAAACUUCUCCUCAAGCCAGGAAACGACGUGCCACCAGACUCAUGAAAGUGGGCUCAUUUUGUUCCAUCAACUCAGAUGCAGACAGUGAGAUCUUUGGUCCCACCGGGGAGCUCCUCCCUUCAUCGAAUCCAAGAAAGAAGAAGCAACUCACGUCAAGCGGUGAUAGUAGUGAUUUUGAUCAUGAGAGGGCUCAACCAUCAUUCGUUCACUCCGACUAUGAUGGCCUCUCUCGGCGGGCUUCCAGUCAGAGUAAAUCCGUGUUUGAUCCCCUUUCGGAGUACAGUGAAUUUCAGGACGAUUGCUGCUCAGACAUAUCCGAAUUAUUUAUGCAUAGGAAUGACGAAGGGGAAAAGCAACUGCAAGCCCAGGGGACAUUCAGUGACCACGGAUCCUUAAAGUCCCUGAGUUUGGACGAAGAUGACGACGUCACUGCCAAAGAGUCUUUACAGUACAAAGAGAAUGUCAAGCACCAGGCCAACUUGUCGCCCACGAAGCUCCACAAUCCGGAAUAUGAUCAAAUCAUGCAGCGGCAAGCCCUCUUGGCCACCGAAGAGACUGAUGCAGCCAACGAUGCCGACGACGACGGUGAUUAUUCCUCCAGUUCGUGCUCGUUGAGCAUGAGUUCCGACGGCCAAAGGAGCCAUCGGAUCACCGUGCCCGUCACCAUUGAGGCCCCACCGCCAGAGAUGAGACAUGCUCACUUGAGCUUCGACUGUCACUCAUCCGCCUGCCCGGAACCUGAGUUGAGAGGCGUGGUGGAGCCGGGUCCCCAUUCACUCCAGGAGCGGACUGCUUUCGUUCACCAGGAGACACUUCAUACGGACUCUGGGCUGGACACGGAAGACAUUGCUCCCGCUUCUCCCCCCAAUAUGUUCUUGGGGAAUGCUCCGACCCCGGAUGAGAUGAGUACUUUCGAAGAGAACGUCAGAUUGGUCUUGGUUCGAGAUAUAGGAAUUCAAGUGUGCGGGGAUUCACCCAAUUUGAAUCUCGGCCGUCGCUUCCCUCCACACCACCCGGCCUACCGUCGAAGUGCAUCAGGAGAUAAGCCCAUGGUGGUGGCCCCGCCCCCAACUAGAGAGCCCAGUCGAGAGAACAAUUCCUCUUCCCCCUCUGCUUCCAAAGACUUUGCCCCCGAAAUCCUUUUUUGACGCCUUUUCGUCCUGGAGGUAUCAAUACUUUGCGGCUAAGCAAGUGAUAUUGGUUCGGAAAAUCAAGUUCAAACUCUUGAGUAUUAGACCCGAGAUUAUCGAUUACCAAGAUGCUCCAAGCAAGGCGUGAGUGACGUGAAAGGUACUUUUGACUUUCUAUGACUCGCAUGCGCAGUAGUGUAGUAAUCCGGGGUUUUUCGUCAACGCCUCUUUGACCACCAGCUAUAGAGACAAAUAAUAACAAAAAUACUAAUAAUCAUCAUCAUAAUGAUAGUUCAGAUAAUGCUCGAAAUAUAUCUAAUAUCUAGACGCUU